UGUGACCCCCCCUGGCUGCAGGGCCCGCUCCCCCUGUCCCUCGGUGUGUGUCCACGGCCGGGGCCGGUCUCGGUGGGGCCUCGGGGCUCGGGUUCUCCGGCGUCGAGGGGGCGCGAUGGCGGCGGCGGCGGCGGCGGCGGCUCAACAGCAGCAACAACAACAACAACAACCAGCGGGAGGCCUGAGCCUGGAGCAGGCGAAAGUGGUGCUGGGUGAAGUGAUCAAGGCCUUCAGUUCCCCUGAGAAUGCCGUGAGGAUGGAGGAGGCCCGUGACAACGCCUGUAACGACAUGGGCAAGAUGCUGCAGUUUGUGCUGCCCGUGGCUACCCAGAUCCAGCAGGACGUCAUCAAAUCCUACGGCUUCAGCAACGAUGGAGAAGGGGUGCUGAAGUUCGCUCGUAUCAUCAAGACCUACGAAGGUCAGGACCCUGAGAUCGCCGCGAUGUCCUCCAAGCUCAAGUCCAUGUUUCUGCCUCCGAUGACAGUCCCUCCGCACAGCACUAACAUCUCCGCAUCGUAGCUUGCCAGAGAGAGAGAGUGGGGGGGGCGGGGGUGGGGGGGGGUGGUUGGAGGCUCGGAGAGGGCGCUGGAUCUCUGGGUCCAGAGACGCACGUGCCUUUUCCUCCUUUAAAGCAAAAAGUUUGUUUCUGUGUGGUGCCGCCGAACAUGCGCUGUCUCUGGCGUGCUCAGAACAUUUCUCGUCCACGGCCCCUCCACAUCUACCCGUCACGUACCCCCCCCGGGUCUGCCACGUUCCUGCCCGCCCACUCGGAGCACCAGUCCCCUCCGUCUUUGUGGAAGGAGUGCCAACGUGAGGGGAAUUCACUGAGGAGUGCCCCCUACAGGUGGAGCCCUCUGCCCGCCCAUGGCACCUGAGCUGAGACACCUUUUCAUACCCGUAUCUGAGGAGGGUGCGGGAGCUGGGCAGGGCAAGUGAAAGGAAAUCACUGUGCCUGGUGUUCCCCCUCCCCCUCCCCCCCAACCACCACCAGUCUGCUCGGUUCCUCGCUUUGUGUGAAACUAAGGAUGUGGUUGAGCUGUGUGUUUGUAAACAGCAGCUGGGUGACCUGAUGCACCUGCCCCCUCCCUCCCAGGGUAGGGUGGGCAAAUUCAUUCAAACUCGCAAAGUAGAGAUCCCGUGGCACUGAUUUUGGUACCAGAAUGACUCCAAGGCUGAGUGGAGAUACCCAGUUACCCUCUCUCACACUAGGCACAGCCCUGCUUGGUCCCAGUGUGGCUCUGGGACUGAGUGGAGACACCCAGUUACCCUCUCUCACAC